GCGGGCGCGGGGGGGGGCGCCCGCGGCGUAGCGUGUCGAGGCCGAGGCCGAGGCCGACGAGGUGUCCUUCGGGGAGAACGUGCUCGAGCCGGAGGCCAUGGGGAGCAGGGGUACCAGGGAGACGACGCCCUGCAGCUUGAUUAGGGACUCGGGAAUGAUAAGCACUCCUGGAUCCACAACAAGACCGAGCCACUCGAAUUCCCAUCGCAGGGUGCAAGCUCCAGCGCGCCAUAUUAUUCCAAGUUCAGCAGAGAUGAAUGAGUUCUUCUCUGCUGCGGAGCAACCGCAACAGCAAGCCUUCAUCGACAAGUACAACUUUGAUCCUGUGAACGACUGUCCACUCCCAGGCCGAUACGAGUGGGUGAAGCUAGACUGAUAAUUCUCCAGGAAGGAGAGCACCAUGUAUCUCUCUGCUCCCUCCACCUUAGCGUCGUGGUAGAGGCGCGCACCGUCGUGUUAGCUUUGUUUCCGUUGUAAAAAGAAUUAGGGUUAGCCUGUAGUAGCCUCAAUGGUUGUGUAACAUACAGAAGUAAUGCUGAGUUACACCCUAAUCCCUCAAACUCCAAUGUGACCGUUAGCAACUCAUUCUGUAAUGACCACCUCUAGGGCCUGAUCUUAUCAUCUGUUGCCAGUUGCCAGACUAAUGUAGUAGAGCUAGCUAGAUAUUGUAUCACAGCUUAACUUCUUGUAAUGUGGGCUGGGCUGCAGUGCCAUCUGCAUUCCAGUGUUGUACUGCAUUGCACCUGAAGUGCUGUAACUUCUGUCUAUACCCUCUGGUUCAUGGUAUGUGAAAAGUCUGGUGACAAUGCUUGAAA